GCUCAGGUAGCAUCACAGCUGAUUUGCUGAUAAGAAGAAUUUUCGUAAACAAUUAAAAGAUAAAGCCACACGAAAAAGUUGAAGACUCACAAAAAAGUUAUGAUGAGUGGCACAAUCCAUGGAUUAAGUUGGUUUCCACAAUUUCCGGAUAAAUUUGUGACUUGGGGACAAGAAAUAAAACUGUAUGAACGCACACAGCACGAUGAUAGUCGGAGAAGUGCUUUACCAAACAUUUCGGCCAAUUUUUUGGCCACAGAAACACGUUACCAAUACGCGCGUUGUGUGCAGCCCUCAUACCACAAGAAUCGGCCUAUUAUCGCUGUCGGCUUGGGUGAUGGCAAAGUAGGCAUAUGUGAUUUUCAUGAGACUGUCGACAACAGCUGGGAGUUCACACCACGACAGCAGCGUAUGUGCCUUUGCCUAGCGUGGAACGAGUUAGACCAUAAUGUCUUGGCUAUAGGACACGAUCGUCAUCGCUCAGACUCGUGCAUCACAAUUUGGGAUAUUGAACGUGGUGUGCCCAAAGAUUCAGUUAGCUUCUUUGGCCACUCCGAAUCCGCACACUCCAUGUGUUGGGACAAAAAUCAUCGCGUACUAAUUGCCGGUGUGAGUCAGAAGCAAAUAAAGCUUUUCGAUUUGAAGCAGGGGAAUACUACCUGUCAGUCCAUACAAACGAAAAUGGUGCACGGACUUGCUGUGGCGCCAAAUGGCAAUUAUCUUUGCUCCUAUUUAGACUCUGUUAUUACACUAUGGGAUUUGCGAGUGCUCGAUCAUCCUUUGAAGAUCAUACAAUCGGGCAAAAAUCAUUUACAACUCAGCUGGUGUCCAACACGCACAAGCUUACUUACCUCACUACAACGUGAGUCGCCCUUCAUUACCCUCUAUGAUAUACGUAGCGUUGAUGCGGAGAGUAGUCGUGAGGUGUACCAUGUCAAGCGCCAAUUGCAGCCAUUCCAAGCCAAAUACUACACCGCUAAUAAACCACCAUUGUUAACCUCACUUUCGUGGCACAAUACGGAUUAUGAGCGUGCUUUGCUGUUGUCGGAACAAGGCAACAUUUUGGAAAUUCGCCUACCGCUCUCGCUACUCACCACCUAUAGCAAUCACAAGAAAUUACCACUUCUGCCACAGCGCCCAUUGGCUAUUGCAAAUUCACCAAUACGUCAAAAUAGCAGUCAGAGUACUUCAUCUUUAACCUCUACAUCCAUACUGAAUUCGGCGCUUAAUUUUGAAAUACUUGAUAAUAAUUUAUCCAAAGAAGAUUUAGUUGAGGAAACUUAUCAGCGUGCUUUGGCCGAUUAUGGCCUAAAAACUGAUAUGCAUGUGGAUAGUUUACCUCUAACACCCUAUUUGAAGAGCGUAUGGCUGACACUUGGUAAUUUAUAUAGAGAGGAACGUUUGACGGGGCUUAAAAGUGUGUUGGGCAUUAAUUUGGGACACACCUCCGAGGCGUUAAUGGCCUCGUCACGCAUUGAAUCACAUGUGUUGCAAUGGCCGGACUUCAUCAAUUCAAAUAAUCUAGUGUGUUAUAGGAGUGAGCAGCGUGACAUUGCGCUGAAACUCUGCGGUUGGGUUUUCGAACAGGAUCUGGAGCGUUUCGUCAAUGGUCUCUGCGACAAUAAGGAAUUCAGUCGAGCUGCGAUGAUUUGCGUUUUUCAUCUAAAAAUCGUUUUCGCUUGUGAUAUACUCUCAAAAGCAGCUGAUCUCUCGCGCAAUUCCAAGGAUCCACACGAUGCAAGCAUGUUUCGUAUAGCUGCGAUUGCCCUGUCCAGCUUCAAUGCAGAUCGUUGCAAUUCCACGUGGCGCAAUCAACGCUCCAAUGCGAACAAACAAAUACAGGAUGCGCAUUUGCGUGCAAUUUUCUCCUUUCUCACCACGGAAAAUGAUAAUUUCGAUGCCGUGUUGACCGAAGACGGUAUCUCGCUCGCUGACCGCGUGGCUUUCGCUUGCAAAUAUUUGUCGGAGAGCAAACUAUCCGACUAUGUUAAGCAAUUGAUACAGAAGUCUAUAGAAAAUGGUGACUUAAAUGGCUUGCUGCUCACAGGCGAAUCAUUGGAUGGCAUAAAUAUUUUACAAGCUUACCUGGAUUCCACCUCAGAUGUGCAAACUGUCGCGCUGAUAGCGGUUAAUUACUUUCAUCGUGAGCAUUUUACCGAUAAUCGCAUACAAUACUGGAUCAGCAGUUAUUUGGAUGACUUGAACUCGUGGGGCUUGUGGGAGAAACGCGCCGAAUUGGAUAUAAAAAUUGAAAAUUUGCGCACUGGCAAACGCGCCACACGCAGCGUCUACCUCUCAUGCAACUUUUGUGGCAAGUCGGUGUCGAACGCGUUGCAGGAGGAUGCGCGCAUGCGCAGCGCCACUUCAAAUGUGAACAAGCUCUCCAGCUGCCCCAGCUGUCGUAAACCCCUGCCACGCUGCUCACUUUGCUUACUACACAUGGGCACCACGCUCAACAUUACGCUACCCAGCGAUUCAACGCAUGAGAGCCUUGGCUGGCAAUCAAAACCAUUCUCCAAGUGGUUCUCUUGGUGUCAAACCUGUCGUCACGGCGGUCACACUGAGCACAUGAUGCAGUGGUUCAAACAAAACUCCGAGUGCCCGGUGAGCUCCUGUACUUGUCGUUGCUUUGAUAUGGACGGCACCAUACCCAAUGACAUAACCGACUAUUCGUAGCUUUAACAAUGAGUUUUACUACAAAUUUUUAGAUUUUCGUGUGAAAUCUUUAAUUAGUUUUAAGUUUAUAUGAAAAUGUAAUGAACGUUAAAAACGUUUUUAAGUUUGACAGAAAAUAAUUAAAAAAAAAAGUAUCAUAAUUUCAUUUU